AGCAUGCCAGGGAAAGAAAAGUUUAGUUAGUCACUGUGAAGAGCAAGGCGGCGAUUGGCUAGCGGCUUAGUCAGGUCGAUUUUGCGGUUCGAACUUCACUCUGGCAGCGGGUGCAGCACCACGUCUGGCCGCCCAAUUCGCCCGUACACGCUCAGCCGGCUCUUGCUCGCAGGGUCCCGAGCAUCAUGAGCGUCUGCCGCCCCGCCAGAUGUCUCUUCGCCAAGGCCACGACGAGCUCACUCCCGAAGCCAUGUCCAGUGCGCUCCUUCCACUCGUCGACGCCGCGACCCGCCCGCAAACGGAGACCGCACUACCCCUCGAUCAAGGCCGAUGACCUGGCGCUGCUCAACCAGGCCGCCGAGGCAGAGUACCCCAAGUACGACACGGACGAGACCAGCCUGCUCGCCAAAAAAUACACGCCCUCGCAGAUCGCCGCCAUCAAGGCCGCCGAGUCGGCAAUCGACCCGCGCGAUGUCUACUCGCAGGGCCAGCGCCGCACCGACCCGUGGCGGCUGAACUACGAGGACGACCUCGCCGAGGUCGACCCCGUGACGGACCACCGCGAGCGCCUGGGCCCCGACGACAUUGUGGGCAAGAAGUCGUUCCGGCUCGCAAACGACGUGGAGCGCGACGAGGCCAUGUCGCGCAUCGCCACGGAGAACCUGGCCAAGAUGUACCCCGACGGCGUGCCCGAGGGCCAAUUGGACCCCGCCGAGGAGCAGCGGCUGCAGGACGCCAUGGAGGCGGCCCUCACCCAGGCCGCGCUGGACCCCCGCGCCACAUACACGUCGACGAACCCCGCCGCCCUCGACGCCCUGGCCGACCCGCGCCACUCGGCCGUCAUGCCCGACCUCCCGCGCCUGGAAAACCGCAUGGUGCGCCAGACACGCCGCCUGUCGACGGAAGAGGAGGAGGACCCCCGCCAGAAGCGCCUCCUGCUGUACAUGGGCUGGGACAAGGCCAAGCUGCGCAACAUUCGCACAAAGACGCUCGUCGUCCACGGCGUCACAAACCAGACCCGCAUGGGCAAGAUCAGGAGCUUGUACUACCUGACCAUUGCGGGCAACCAGGACGGCCUGCUCGGCGUGGGGGAAGGCAAGUCAGUCGAGCCCGACGAAGGGCGCAAGCAGAGCAUCAUGUCGGCCAUCAGGAACAUGCGGCCCGUGCCCCGCUACGAGAACAGGACCACCUUCGGCGACCUGGAGAUGAAGGUCGGCGCGACAAAGGUGCAGCUGUAUGCCCGCCCGCCUGGCUUCGGUCUCCGCGUCCAACACCUCAUCUUCGAACUCGCCCGCGCCGCAGGCAUCCAGGACCUCGCUGCCCGCACCCCCCGCUCGCGCAACAAAAUGAACGUCAUCAAGGCGACGUGGGAGGCGCUCACGACGCAGAAGCUGCCCGAUGAGAUUGCGCGCGCGCGCGGGAAGAAGCUGGUUGAUGUAAGGAAGGUGUAUUAUGGUGGGAGUGUGCAUUAGCAUAGCUUGUAUUUGUAUGAUAAAAACUCUUGUAUCAUAUCAUAUCAUAGCAUAUCCUAUCGAGUGCAUUGGCCGAUCCAUAAAGCAUCGGCAUUGUA